CCCUAGACAGGGCCUCUCAAAUUACAACUCCAGCACGCGGCGGGAAAAAGAAGAAGAGGAGCAGAUCGAUUGAGCACCACCUUUGGACAUGGAGACCGACGGACAGGCCGCCGGCGGGGGAGAAUCCGAGAAGCGUACUCGUACGGAGGGAAAUUCCGAUGGCGAAUCAGCCACGACGGAGGAGAUCUCGGAGGGCGACGAGAUCACGGAUGACGAGCAGAUCACGGAGCUCGAGGAUGUCACAGAGGAAGAAAGAGCCAGGUGGGCCAAGAUAGAUCGGCAGAUUGAGUGGAAGGUGUUGUCCGAGGAGGAGGAGAUGGAUAAUUACCGUCAAGACUGGGAAUUUGGAUACGCUCACAGGUUUGGUAGCUUCGAUAAAGAGACGGAGUUGAGUUCCAUGGUCAGUACAUAUGAUACCUCCGUCGAUGCUUGGGCCGAAACCGCCUUGCAAGUCUACUCCAUCAAAGUCGAGAAGGCAAAACUCAGGUGGCCACUUCAUGUCUAUGGCAUGGUUGAUAUCCGAGACGCUGUGGAUCACAGACGCAACAUUCUCUUCAAUCGCAAGAGGGAUAACUGCCAAAUCAUUACUAAAAAUGAUCCGUACCUGUUGCUGACUGGCCCGUCUCGCGCAAUUGUGUUCCUUGACCCGGCUGUGUUUGAAAUCAAUCUUAAAGUGAAGGGAGAGUCUGAAGAUAAAGAAGCUUUGAUCCAUCAAACUUACUGGUGCAACGGCGGCAGUCGUCUUGGCGUUAUGAGCUGCUCCAACAAGCGUUGCAAAAUAAACUUGAGCUUUAUGGAGCUUGAAGAAACGGUUCAGGCCACUAUCACGAGUGUCCAAAUUAUCCGUGGGUCAUGGCCUAGGGAUUACGCUGGGAAAGUUCUUUGCCACGAUGGCUCCUCUCAUGAUGAACUUGUGUUGCUUGAUUUUCGAGAUGGAAGGAAUCCACCGGUGGAUCAAGAUGGUAACCUUGAUCUAUCAAGGCGUGUUGUUUCAGUAAAUGUGCAUAAUAACAUGACAGUUUCAGUAGAUGCUAGUGAAAGUAGAUGUGCUGUCGUGUUCACUCCCGAACCAGGCGGCCUAACUGAGAGUGAAUGCGAUGUUGAUGGCCACUGUCGGGUCAAGAUUACAGUCGCUUGGUCUCUACUUGUUGUCUUGGAGUGACAAAGACUCUAUUCCGAUCAUGACGGAAACUGCUCUAA